AUGAAUUUGCCGAAUAAAAGGCGUCUUCCGCCUAAAACAACAGAUGAAAACAUCCGAAUUCGCGUUAAUACAGCACUUAAAGUGAAAGGAGUUGAAAAUCAUUAUCAGGCAAAAUAUUAUGGCGAAUUAUCUAAAUUUUUAAUGCAACAAAAUACAAAUAAAUUCGAUUUAUUGAAGCCACAACUUAAAAUACGUGAUACACAACAAUGGCAGACUGCUUUGGAGUUCUGCAUUUCAUUUCUUAAAAAUAACAACGCAAUGAGUACACUUAUGGCAAUUCAAAGUGAACUAAAUGGAAAAGAAACCAACUUCCCAGGCCUAUUUUCUCAAGAUCCAAAGUCUGUUGAUGCUUAUUUCGGAAAAUUACUCAAAAUUUCAAGAGAAAAAUUGCCAAUACCUUUUGCUAAAAGAGUUAGACAAUCGGUUAAGUUCCAAGAAAGGGCAGUGAACUAUGUUCAUUUGUCAAUGGAUGAUUCAAAAUCACAAAAUUUUGCUUCCACAGCUGUUGCAGCUCCAAAUCUUCCAUUACCUCCAUCAGUUAAUUCAACAAGAUCAUCUAAUGAAAAUAUAUACCCUGCUGUAGUAAAAUCUCGCUCAAUUACUGCAGAAGAUGAAGAAGAUUACGAAUAUGAUUCCCAAGAUAACAAGAAGAACCAAAAUGACGAGGAAGAAGAUUAUAGUCAAGAAGAAGAUAACAAAUCAUAUUCUUACAGCUCGCAACAAAAAUAUUCAUACAGUUAUGGAUAUUCUUAUGAAAGUACUAAAAAAUCACCAUCGCCAAAACCACAACCUUCUAACAUGCCUUCAUUUCACCCGCCUACUGUUUCUAAAAACAGUUCCAGAAGUUAUUCAAUAUCUGGAAGCCAAAAUUCUGGCUCAGUAAGUAAUAAAUCAGGCAAUGAAAUAGUACAGAACGUUUCUAUCAAGUCAGGAUCCUCAGGAUAUUCGAUUACUUCGAAUUCUCCACAAUCUUCUCCAAAGUCGAAUCCACCACAAGCAGUGCUUCAGCCACAAAUUAUAAAUCCGAAUAAAAGCGGUUCUAGCUCAUUUUAUUCAUAUAAUCAGAGUAUUCAAUCAAAAAAUUAUUCUCCAAAGUCUACGCCGCAAGGAUCGAAUCCACAAUCAGGUAACUCUCAAGGGUCUUCGAUCAAAAGUGCUGGACAAAACGGUUCUUCAAGUAGCCAAAGUAUUAAAUCUUUACAAAGCGCUGGAUCUGCAAAACAAAGCGUUAAAUCCAAUAACAUGAAGAUAGAACCACAGAAUCCAUCAUUAUCUCCGAAAUCUUACAAUACUUCUCCAAAUGGUUUAUCAUCUUCACCUCAAACCACAGGAUCCAAGAAAGCUGCUGAAGACAUACCACAAUUCCAGCCAAUGCCAGCAUUUUCUACAUCUAGUUCUCAUAAUUCCAACAAAACUCCGCCACAAGUUCAAAUUCAUAAACCUAAUAGUAACAGUUCUAAUAAGUCAUCAUUGAUAAGUGAUUCUAGCAAGCCGAAGUCACAAACUCCUUACUCUUACAGCUAUACUGGCUACGGUGAAGAAGAUGAAGAAGAUUUCGAAGAAGAAGAGGAUGGAAGCUUCUAUGAGGAGGAAGAAGAAGGAAGCUACAAUUAUUCUACACAAUAA